CUAGUCCAGUACCAGAUACAAUGUUGCUCGGUUUGUGUCCGACCCGAAGGCUUCUGUCUCACCGGCACUCCCUCCUGCAGCGUCGGCGCAUUAAAUCAGAAAUCACCACCAGAAGUGCUGCUCUGGACAGUGUGCUCUCUGCGUUCAGGUCUAUAUGUGGCGAGGACGGUGUCUCGGUGGGUCAAGCUGUCAGAGAGCAACACGGCAAAGACGAGUCUGUCCACAGAUGUUGUCCCCCAGAUGUGGUGGUGUUUCCUCGCUGUGUGGAGGAGGUCAGUGCCCUGGCCAAGAUCUGCAACAAGUACCACCUUCCCAUCAUUCCCUUUGGCACUGGGACGGGCCUGGAGGGAGGGGUCGGCGCAGUCAAGGGCGGGGUGUGCUUCAGUCUGAGGACCAUGGACCAGGUUCUGGAUGUCCACCAGGAGGACUUUGACGUGACGGUGGAGCCUGGGGUGACUCGGAAGGCCCUCAACGCCUACCUACGAGACACGGGCCUAUGGUUUCCCGUUGAUCCUGGGGCCGAUGCGUCUCUGUGUGGCAUGGCUGCCACUAGUGCAUCUGGAACCAAUGCAGUGCGUUAUGGGACUAUGAGGGAAAACGUGUUGAACCUGGAGGUCGUGCUGGCUGAUGGAACCAUCUUACAUACGAGUGGGAAAGGCCGACGUCCCAGGAAGUCAGCAGCGGGCUACAACCUGACCAACCUGUUUGUGGGGUCAGAGGGAACCCUGGGGAUCAUCACCAAGACUACCUUGCGCCUGUAUGGCGUCCCCGAGGCCGUGGUCUCAGCCGUCUGCUCUUUUCCCUCCGUUCAGGCUGCGGUAGACAGCACAGUGCAGGUUCUCCAAGCGGGAGUACCCAUAGCUCGCAUCGAGUUUCUGGAUGAUGUGAUGAUCGAUGCGUGCAACAGGUUCAGCUCUCUGUCCUACCCUGUGACCCCGACUCUGUUCCUGGAGUUCCACGGCUCUGAGCGAAGCCUCGAGGAACAGGUCCAAACAACCGAGGACAUCACUCAGAGUAACGGCGGUUCAGAUUUCCAGUGGGCUCGAGAUGCAGAAACACGCAACCGGCUGUGGAAAGCUCGCCAUGACGCCUGGUACGCUGCUCUGGCCCUCAGAUCUGGCUGCAAGGCGUACGCUACAGACGUGUGUGUCCCUCUGUCUCUUCUGCCUCAAGUCAUAGUGGAGACAAAGGAGGACCUGAUAGAGAACAGACUGACAGGUCCUAUAGCAGGUCAUGUGGGUGAUGGUAACUUCCACUGUCUGAUGGUGGUGGACCCCAACGACCCGGAGGAGCUGCACAGGGUCCACCUCUUCACUGAGAGACUGGCCAGGCGAGCCCUGGCCAUGGAUGGUACGUGUACAGGGGAACACGGCGUGGGCUUGGGGAAGAGAGCCCUGCUGUGUGAAGAGAUGGGACCCAUGGCUAUCCAGGUCAUGCAACAGUUAAAGAAUGCCCUCGACCCAAAGAACCUGAUGAAUCCUGGGAAAAUUUUGUAUAAACAGUAUUAGAGUGUGAGAAUCUCAUCACGGUCUGCCCACUGUUCAUGGCUUUGUCAGACACUGAUGUCACAGUGAAAUUGUAUUUUAUAGACUAGACACAUGAAGUAUUUCCUGUUAAAACAGGACUUCUGGAUGAGAUAUGAAAGACAGGGAUUAGUCAAGUUAAAACAUAUGGGAUAUCAGAAGGAAGACGCUGUUAUUUAAUGUGGGACAUGUGGGAUUGCACAUAAAUUGGUCUUUGUCACUGCAGACACUUUGACCUGUCAUAGAAGGAAAGACACAGGUGUUAGGAAUAACUAGUGAAGGUAAAAUAAAGCUUCAUGAACCAUUUUCUUUAUUUUUUGACCCCACUAGAUGGCAGUCUUGGCUUUAAAAAAAUC